CCAAGGUAGUCGGCGGGCGGCUGAGUUGAAUGGAGGAGGCGGGGUGGCGGCCACCGGCGCUGGGGGAGCGGGCGAAGAAGAGGAGGGGCCUGAGGCCUGCACCCCUUCCUCAAGGCCUCCUCUAGCGGGCAAGGAGGCCGUCCGCCUCCGCCGCACCGAGUCAUGCUGACUGCGGCUUGGUUGGGCCGCGGCGCCGCUUGCGGGUGGAGGGUCCUGAGGAGCGCCAGCCUGGGGAGGCCCCUCGCGGCCACCGUAGCGGCCAGAAUAGUCGGUGCGCGCCGCAGCAACAGCAGCGCUGGAGCGUCGCUCGCGGCCUCCUCCUUGACUGGCCUCGCGGCGCCCUCCGCCCCUUCCCCCUCCCCACGCCGAGCCCACCGGUCGUUAUUGCGCGUGCGCAAACCCAAGUCGGAGCUGUUCGUGGCCUCUACCUCAGCCGGCGGCGUCGCCUCUCUCGGAGCGGGACAGCCGAGGCGGUCCCGCAGCAGUGAUGAAGGAACCCCUCGGGACGCUGGGAGAGCGGAGCGACAAGGAUAUGCUGAACUGUAUGAAAACCCCUGGACGGUCCCUAAUUUCCUUUCAAUGGCGAGGAUUGGUCUCGCACCAGUUUUGGGAUACUUGAUUGUUGAAGAAGAUUUCAAUAUUGCAUUGGGCGUAUUUGCUCUAGCCGGCAUCACUGAUUUGUUGGAUGGCUUUAUUGCACGGAACUGGAUCAACCAAAAAUCUGCAUUGGGGAGCGCCUUAGACCCUCUGGCUGAUAAAGUACUGAUCAGCGUCUUGUACAUUAGCCUCACUUACGCAGAUCUUAUUCCAGUUCUCUCGUUACUUCUAUGCGAUCAGUUGGUUAAGAGUAUUACGGCAUUAAUUGCUGCUGUUUUUUAUGUGCGCUACAGAACACUUCCUCCACCAAGAACGCUUAGUAGAUAUUUCAACCCGUGUUAUGCCACUGCUCAGUUAAAGCCGACAUUUGUGAGCAAGGUAAGAAUAAUUGGUGCUUCUUGCACAGCUCCGCUUCUAAAUUACCGGGAUGUUACAUACCUUCAAACGUUAUGGUGCAUCACAGCUUUCACAACAGCAACAUCUGCAUACAGUUACUAUCAUUAUGGCCGAAAAACUAUUCAGGUGCUAAACAACAAAUGAAGUUUUGCAGCACAACUGCUCAUGAUCUGUUGGGCCUGCUUUGGAACGCCGUUGCCUGCAAUGUGUCUGGACUGUGGAUGAGAACACUUUUUUAAACCAGUAAUUUUGUCUCAGCGAAACCAUGUCUUCACCACAGAGCUAAUAUGAAGUUAAUAUGAAGCUUUGAUCAUGCAAAUAUGCAGAAUUUUCAGUGUAAUUUUUCAAUUUGUUACAAAUGAAAUAUAAUUUUGUACGUUAGUGUACUCGAGCAGAUGCAGCUGUUAGUGCCUGAUGCCACGAGGGUUACUGAUUGGUUUUCAAAAGCUGGCAGUUGGUUGUGGAGGGUAUGAGGCGAAGUUGUUUCGAGACAUAGGGUGUCAAACUCGCGUCGCCUUCCAG